AUGUCUCUUCUUUCCGCCGACGUCCACGCCGAGCUCACCCAGUUGCUCCAAGCCCUCCAGUCAGCCGACAAUGCUACUCGAUCUCAGGCUGAAGAGCAUCUUCAGAACAACUGGACCAACAACCGGCCAGAAGUCCUCUUAAUGGGACUUGCCGAACAGAUACAAGGCGCCGGAGACAACGCCGCACGAUCGUUCGCUGCUGUUAUAUUUCGCCGAAUAGCCUCCAAGACCCGUAAAGUUGAAUCGGGAAACAACGUGGAUAUAUUUUACUCUUUGGCCAAAGACCAGGCCGCAGUCAUUCGCCAAAAACUCCUCGAAACCCUCGGAACUGAGCCGGACCGAACCGUCCGCAACAAGAUUAGUGAUGCAGUUGCAGAGGUAGCCCGGCAAUACACAGAUAACAACGAUUCCUGGCCCGAACUUCUAGGAGCACUCUUCCAACUUAGCCAGGCAGCGGAGGUAGAGAAGCGAGAGAACGCGUUUCGAGUUUUCAAGACAACCCCGGGAAUUAUCGAGCGACAGCACGAGGAAACCGUGCUACAAGCUUUCCAAAAAGGAUUCAAGGACGACGCAGUUAUGGUGCGUCUUGCUGCUAUGGAGGCAUUCGCAUCAUUUUUCAGCACCAUCAAAAAAAAAUCUCAGAUGAAGUACUAUGCUCUGAUUCCGGACGUGCUUAAUGUGCUGCCGCCCAUCAAAGAUUCACAGGAUUCGGAGGACUUGAGCAAAGCCCUUCUGGCUUUGAUUGAUUUAGCGGAGACUGCUCCAAAGAUGUUUAAACAACUCUUCCAAAACCUAGUCCAGUUCAGCAUUUCGGUCAUUCAGGACAAGGAGUUGGAUAGUAUUUGCCGUCAGAAUGCUCUCGAAUUAAUGGCGACCUUUGCCGACUACGCGCCGUCCAUGUGUCGAAAAGAUCCUUCCUACACCAACGAUAUGAUCACUCAAUGCCUUAGCUUGAUGACUGAUUUAGGCGAGGAAGACGAUGAUGCUACGGAAUGGCUAGCUUCGGACGAUCUUGACCAAGACGAAAGCGAUCAAAACCACGUAGCUGGUGAACAAACCAUGGAUCGCCUAGCGAACAAACUUGGAGGGCAGACUAUUCUCGCCCCAACCUUUAAUUGGCUGCCGAGGAUGAUGAAUUCGAUGGCAUGGAGAGAUCGUCACGCGGCUCUAAUGGCCAUAUCUGCCAUAUCAGAAGGUUGCCGUGAGCUCAUGAUCGGUGAACUGAGCCAGGUGUUAGAUUUGGUUAUUCCUGCUCUGCAAGAUCCACACCCCCGCGUUCGUUGGGCAGGCUGCAACGCGCUUGGGCAAAUGAGCACUGACUUUGCUCCCAAAAUGCAAACAGACUUUUACGAUCGAGUUUUGAAAGCCGUUGUGCCGGUUUUGAACUCACCGGAAGCUAGAGUCAAGUCACAUGCUGCCGCCGCUCUGGUCAACUUCUGCGAAGAGGCUGAGAAGUCUAUCUUGGAGCCGUAUUUGGAUGAUUUGCUAUCUCAUCUCUUCCAGCUCCUCCAGAGCGAUAAGCGCUAUGUGCAGGAGCAGGCUCUGUCCACCAUUGCAACCAUCGCCGACGCUGCGCAAGCGGCAUUCUCGAAGUACUACGACACCUUGAUGCCACUUCUGGUCAAUGUGCUUCAAAAUCAGAGUGAAAAAGAGUACAGACUCCUUCGAGGCAAAGCCAUGGAGUGCGCUACUCUCAUUGCUCUAGCUGUAGGCCGGGAGCGACUUGGCCAGGAUGCAAUGACUCUUGUCAACUUACUCGCCAACAUUCAGACUAAUAUCACCGACUCAGACGACCCGCAGGCGCAAUAUCUCAUGCAUUGUUGGGGCAGGAUGUGCCGAGUACUUGGCUCCGAUUUUAUCCCGUUCUUGGACAGUGUUAUGCCUCCCUUGCUGGAGCUAGCUAUGGCAAAGGCGGAUAUUCAGCUACUUGAUGACGAUGAGCAGGCUGAACAAAUGAACGGGGAAGACGGCUGGGAAUUCGUCCCUCUUAAGGGUAAGAUGAUUGGUAUUCGAACGAGCACCAUGGAUGAUAAACACAUGGCAAUUGAAUUGCUUGUCGUUUAUGCACAGGUCCUGGAAGCGGCAUUCGCCCCAUUCGUCGCGAACAUCAUGGAAAAGAUAGCACUCCCAGGUCUGGCCUUCUUCUUCCACGAUCCCGUUCGGUAUAUCUCAGCAAAACUGGUCCCUCAACUUCUAAGUUCGUACAAGAAGGCAUAUGGAUGCCCUUCCAACGAGCUCGCUGGUCUUUGGGCAGCGACAGUCGACAAACUUCUCGAGGUACUCAGUGCUGAGCCAUCCAUUGAGACUCUGGCUGAGAUGUACCAAUGUUUCUACGAAUCUGUAGAAGUGGUUGGAAAAGAUUGCCUCACGUCUGCCCAUAUGAACGGCUUCAUUGACUCCGUGCACUCUACAAUUGAGGACUACCAGACCAGAGUGACUCAGCGGGCAGAGGAGAAGGCAGGGGCAACAGCGGAUGAUGUCGAAGAUGAAGCAGAGGAAAUUGAAAGAGAAAUUGAAGAUGAUCAGACAUUAUUGUCUGACAUGAACAAAGCAUUCCAUUCUAUCUUCAAAAAUCAUGGUGCGGCGUUCCUCCCUGCAUGGGAGCGACUGAUGUCCACAUACGAGGGCUUCCUAUCUUCGACAGACCCCACCCAAAGACAAUGGGGUCUUUGCAUUUUGGACGAUGUGCUCGAGUACUGCGGACCUGAGAGCAAUCGGUACGCCAAUUACAUAACGCAACCUCUGAUCGAUGGCUGUCGUGACCCAUCCGCAGCCAUUCGGCAAGCUGCCGCGUACGGUAUUGGCGUCGCAGCUCGUUACGGAGGAGCACCUUGGACGCAGUUCUUGGGCGGGUCAAUACCCUACCUAUUCCAGGUUACCCAAGUACCGGAGGCACGAAAUGACGAAAACGUGUACGCCACGGAGAACGCAUGUGCGGCGAUUGCCAAGAUCCUGCACUACAAUGCUGGCAACGUCGGAGACGUUCAGGCAGUCGUGGCGCAAUGGAUUGAAACACUCCCUGUCAUCAACGAUGAAGAAGCUGCCCCAUAUGCCUAUGCAUAUCUUGCCGAGUUAAUUGACCAGCGCCAUCCCGUGGUUAUGAAUCAAGCGGGCAAGAUUUUCCUAUUUGUUGCACAAGCCCUAGAGGCAGAAGCCCUUCAAGGACAGACGGCUAGUCGGGUUGCUUCCGCCACGAAGGCACUGCUUACAACGACAAGUGUCGAUCCAAUGCCGCUCCUGAGUCAAUUCUCGCCAGAUGCACAACAAACGAUAAUGGGAUAUUUCAAUUAA